UGCUGUGAGUGAAUGAUGCUUGAAAAACACAUACGAAGUCACGAAAAAGUCUGCCGAUAAACCUAGAUUAAAUAUAUGCACGAAUAUAAUUUAUAUCAGUGUAAAAUACUAUAUCUGUGAGGUACAUUAUCUGAGUAUAUAAAUAUAAGAACCGGAGUCUAAUGGAACAAGUUUUAAAGACAGUCCAUCGGACGUUGCUUAACAUAAGAGCGGGACGAAAUUCAACAUAAUAAGGUUGUGAAAAAAAGAAUGUGAAAAUGUGCAACGUAAUGUAAAUUGAUCCAUGAGGGCAAAACAAAUUUUAUCGCUGUUUGCUUCGGCAGAGAAAGAACGCUUCGGUGAAAGACGACCGACAUUUCUUUUUGUAAAAAAAUGGCUAAGCAACGGGUUAUUACUUUAGACGGUCGUGGAGGUCAGCGUUUUGUGUUGACCCUUGUUACCGGAGUGGUAUUUGGAUUUCUGUCAGCAUGCCUUCUAAUCACAGUGACAAAAGAUUCACAGCGCAUGUUGAAUUGGCUACCGCGUACCUCGUUUUUAUCUAAAGAUCCUCAUCACUAUUCGGAAAUGGAGUCUGAGGUUGGUCCAGAUGCUGAAGUAAAAUUUCACGGAGAAGAUGAAGAUUUUCAUAGAGGAGAGGAUAAAGUUGCUCAAGAAAUGGCUAAAAAAGUACGUGUUCUCUGCUGGAUUAUGACCGGACCUAAAAAUCAUCAAAGCAAAGCUCGUCAUGUAAAAGCCACAUGGGGAAAAAGAUGUAACGUUUUACUUUUUAUGAGUUCUGUUGAAGAUUCAAGUUUACCAACUGUGGUACUUCCUGUCAAGGAAGGCAGAGACAAUCUAUGGGCAAAAACCAAAGAAGCUUUUAAAUUCGCUUACGAGAAAUACAAGGACGAAGUCGAUUGGUUUAUGAAAGCCGACGACGACACUUACGCCAUAGUGGAAAAUCUUCGCUAUAUGCUUUCAUCUUACGAUCCAAAAUCGCCGCUUUAUUUUGGCUGUCGUUUCAAGCCCUUUGUGAAACAGGGUUAUAUGAGCGGAGGAGCUGGUUACGUGCUCAGCAAAGAAGGUCUAAGGAAAUUUGUUGAGGAGGCGUUGCCGGACAACUCAAAAUGUCGAGGCGAUGCGGGAGGUGCGGAGGACGUCGAAAUGGGAAAAUGUUUGGAAAAAGUUGGUGUAAAAGCCAUGGACACGAGAGAUCCUCACGGACGGGGUAGAUUUUUUCCAUUUGUACCGGAACAUCAUUUAAUACCGGAUCAUGUUGACAAAAAUUUUUGGUACUGGAAAUAUAUUUAUUACCCGACUCAAGACGGACUCGAUUGUUGCUCGGACAGCGCUAUCUCGUUCCAUUACGUAUCGCCAAAUAUGAUGUACGUAUUAGAAUACCUCAUAUAUCACUUGAGACCGUAUGGUAUAAGUCACGGAAUUCAAGUCACGGAAACCAAAUCACCGUCCACUAUCAGGGAACGCUAGUCUCGCUAUUAUGAUAUUUAAGCGUGCUUCGUUGGAAUUCAACAGAAUAUCUAAUCAUUUUUUACCAUUCAAAAUAUAGAUGCAGAUUUAAACUUUAAAAAUUACGUACAUUUUUUCUAGACGUAAGCGAGUUGAAAAAUUCUCGCAGGAAGAAUAACUGAAAGUAAUUUCGUUCCAUUCCAACGAUGCAAACUUAAUAGCACCGAAUAUUUCAAUUGUUAUAUACCUAAAAAAAAAAAAGAGAAAAACAACGGUCGUGACGACAAGAGCGUGAUUGGGAAAGUAUGGACUCGAAAUCUCAUAACCAAUUGAACUUUCAUAUCGUAAAUUUCUAUUUUAACAUCUUUUAAUAUUUCAUUACUAAGUUAAUUUUUAAUCUGAAUUAAUUAUAAAAGUACACACGUUCAAUACUUUAAUUUCCGCAUAAGAAAAAAUUGAAUCUCCAAAAAUAUUUAUACGGCUUCUUAAAUACGCUGAUGAGACUUAAAGAAAAUUUUUGAAUCUCUACAUUGUUUUACUCAAGCUAAAAGAAGGAGUGUAGAAUUAAAUUUUCUCACAUACUGAUGAUUUACACAUUCGUAUGCCACGAGAGUGACAAUAGGAAGAAUAUGAUAAAUAUUUCUAAAUUAAAAUUUCGUGAAUCGAUGGAUGCUCCCAUGCAUUAAUAUUUAUUUAAUACUCGGCGUCCAGCCAACUACAGCGUCUCGACGGAAAGUUCAAACUAAUAAUUUUUUCUUUAUUCAUGGAACAAAAAUGUAUAAUUCCAUUCCAAUUUUCAAAAAAUUGUGUUUUUUUUCUCAUUUGUUAUUGGAAAACCGUACUUUCUCAAUCGUGCCCCAUUAUAAAGAGAAACGGAAAUAUCAAAGUGCCGGACGUAAUGCUAGUCAGCAAGCCAACUAUCUGUACGUAAAACAAUGUAAAAAAAAAAAAAAAUGUUAUUACGCGCGUUAUGUACAGUCUUUUGUGAAC